AUGGGUGGGCCGACGCACUUGCGUCGACCCGAAACCUUGAAGAUUGGUAUCUCAAGGUACAAGGGAACCGAUGGAGAUUCCCUUUUGAGAUGGUUCGUCGAGCUAGACGACGCCACCAGGGCCCGUCACAUCGAGGGUGACGAGACGCAAGUCACCUUCGCCCUGACAGAUUUGACGGGACGAGCAAAGACUUGGGCCUUAGGGCUCAAGCGUCACGGCCCAAACGUGUUUGAGUCGUUAGAGAUCUUGAAGUCUCGACUCAAAGAUACGUUUGAGCCGCCGAGAGCCAAGUUCAGAGCAUGCUCUGCACUUCUGAGGCUAAAGCAAGGUAAGCGUGAUGUGCACGCUUACGCACAGCACCUUCGCUACCUUGUGAGUAGCGUUACGGAAUACCCUGUUGAUGAGCACAUGCUCAUCAACGUGUUCUUUUACGGCCUUGUGGAUAGGCCAGUGAAGACCUACGUGUUCCGAGAGGACUUCCAUACGCUGGAAAAGGCGAUAGCGUAUGCGGAACAAGAAGACUUCAGCCAGAGACAGUCUCAGGCUAACUCGUCAAACUAUCGUCCGACGAGACGACAGGAAACAGGAGGUCCCGAACCAAUGGACCUCUGUUACAUCUAG